AUGAUGGCGGCGGAGCGGGGCGGCGGUCCCGGUUCUUCUCCUCCCGGCUCGUCGGGGCCUGCGGCGGCGGAACACUCGGUGGUGGUGGUGGUUGGAGCGCUGCGGCCCGCCGGGCUGCUGGAGCGAGUGCUGCGGCAGGUAGACUCAGGUGUGCGCUGUUGGCCCGUGGAUCUGGAUGUUUCGGUUCUGGAUCAGCAACUGAAGCUCUUCGUGUCCAGACACUCAGCUUUCCUCUCAGAACAUGUUCCAGGUCAGCGGACUCUGCAGCACAGCGGGGAUGUUCUGGACACUCAGGUUUUGGUGAAUCCAGCACACGACUUGGUCUGUUCAGAGGUUCGGCGUCUGAUCUGCGACUCGUCUCGGCACAAACUGCUGGUUCUGGCGGGUCAGUGUGUGGAGGACUGUGGAGACAUUGUGCUACAGAAAGGCUGCUUCUCCCUCAGAGACUUGAUCCACAUCUUCUCAGAUGAGGAGGUUACAGAGCAGCUGAACUCGGCUGACCCAGCGCUGAAGGCCAGCCUCACCCUCUGCUGUCCAGACUUGGGUCUUUGGAAGGACUCGGUGCUGCAGAACCACAACCUGCAGGUCCUUAUGAACAUUCGGAUCAACCCGCCUGUGGUUCUGCCUGAGAUGGAGGGUCUGCAGGAGUUCACCGAGUACCUGUCUGAAGCUCUGGAGCCUGAGUCGCCCUUUGACCUGCUGGAGCCGCCCAGCACUGUGGGCUUCCUGAAGCUGUCCCGGCCCUGCUGCUACAUUUUCCCCGGUGGGAGGGGAGACUCUGCCUUUUUUGCUGUUAACGGUUUUAACAUUUUGGUCAACGGCGGCUCUGAUCCCCGCUCCUGCUUCUGGAAACUGGUCCGACACCUGGACAGGAUCGACUCAGUGCUCCUGACUCACAUUGGCGUGGACAACCUGCCAGGGCUGAACAGUCUGCUGCUGAGGAAAGUGGCCGAGCAGGACGAGGACUCAGCUGGAUCUCAAGUGGACGGGGACUGGAUGAAGAAUCUGAUCUCCCCGGAGAUCGGUGUGGUUUUCCUGAACAUUACCGACAGACUGAAGUCCAUCCAGGGGGAUCCCAGUGAGCUCCGGAGCUCUGACCUGGCGGCACUGACUCUGCAACACUUAAACCGACUGGAGAUCAAGCCUGAACCUCUGAUCCGGUCCAGUGGACCCACCAUAGAACCAGUGAUUCUGUUCCAGAAGAUGGGAGUUGGUCGUCUGGAGCUAUACACGCUGAACCCUGUCAGUGGCAGUAAAGAACUUGAAGCUUUAAUGCAGAUUUGGCCAAAGGAUGGAUCCAACAUAAAAGAUUCAGAUCUUCCACUACCAUGCCUUGUUUCCAUUUGUGCUUUGCUGGUCUGGCAUCCAUCCAGCCCUCAGGAGAAAAUCAUUCGUGUUCUGUUCCCAGGGUGCACACCGCAGACCAAAAUUCUAGAUGGACUUGAAAAACUCAAACAUCUACAGUUCCUCAAACAUCCAUCAGUGUGUUUGAAUGAUCUAGAAACAUCCAAAACUGAGAAGCAACCAAAACGAGCAGAAAGUAGAGAAAGCCUUAAGUCCCAGUCAAAGGACUUCAGACCCAGCAGUGCCUUGACAAAAGACAAACUUGGACGAGUAGAUGUCAAAAAACAAGAGAUGAAAACGAAGCCAAAGGCAGCUGGGGAUACUGCACCUAAAGAGAGAAAGGAUGCUGAAGAAAAGCCCAAAAUUAAGGAAGCAGAUGCUAAAUUGAAGCCAGCAAAACCUGCUGAAAAGUUCAUUCCAAAGAAAGAUGAGAAGAAGGAGGUAAAGAAGAAGGAUGACAAGACUCCUGCUGUUGCUGUGAAGAAAGACGAGAGUGCAGAGAAGAAGAAAGAAGCCACAAAGAAGGAAAUCACAAGUAUGAAGCCAAAGAAAGACCUUAAACCUGAACCAAAAAAAGACAGCAAGAAGGAUGUAAAAGCAGAGGAAAAGAAAGUGACAAAGCCAAUGCUUAAAGAAGUGAAGAAAGCGGCAAGUGGAGCUUCAAGUGCAGCGUCGACAGCAAGUACAGAUCUGAGGAAGGCUGCAGGUAAAGGUGGGACGCUGAAGAAAGAUGGGACGCUUCCAAAGAAAGACACUCUAAACAAAGGGACUAAAGGUAAGCUGGCUUCAAAGGAGCAGGAGAGCCAGAAGGAGGCCGAUCGAUCUAAAGUAUCAACGCCGGAGGACAUGACGGCUGAAUUUGAAAAGCUUCGAUUGGAAGAUGACAAUGGUAACAAUCAGAGCACAAAGGUUACGGCGGUGAAUUCAGAUGAAGUAAAGGCCAAUGCAAACCAGACCACGACAGUAGAGAGUCCAGAGACGUUCCGCUGUAUGGAGACGGACCGGGCAUCGGUCACCAAAACACCUAAAUGCGCUCCCAGCGUCAACUUCAAUCUCACUCCGACUGCGUACCAACCAGUGGAGGGAUUGCUAAAGAAGGGACUGGACGUCUGCAUGAACUCCGAAGAGAAAACUCUAGAGGUGGUCUCUCCUGCAGAUUCUGCCCCAAACAGCGCCGGACACACCCCUUUCCAUCAGUCCCUUGCGGAGGACACUCGGGGUUUGGGCGAGGACAGCGGCCUUGAGGCCAGAGGCUCCAGUCUGGGCUUUGAGGAUUACAACCAGGGAGGUUCUUGUCGUACGUCAGACCUCAGCUCCCUCAGAGAAGGUCUGGAAAACUCCACAUCCUCUCAGGACAAACAGUCCAGCCUGCUGACACUCAGUCCUUUCAGGGACAUCCUGCCAGACUCCUCCCCCACUAUGACCUCCCUGCCAGCAGAGGUUGGCUCACCACACUCUACAGAAGUCGAUGAAUCACUGUCAGUUUCUUUAGAACAAGCGCUGCCUCCUGCUGCAGCGUCACCCAAAGUCUACUCCAACGGACAUGUCAGUGACUCAGAAACUGGGUUGGUCUUACCUCUGAGGUCAUCCCAUAAUGGACGCUGUGGACCGGAGGGUCACAUACACGGUAUGUCAGAGCUCAUUUCAGACGCCCCCCAUGAUGUGGACCUGUGCCUGGUGUCCCCUUGUGAGUUCCAGCACACCUGGACCCCCGAGACUCACCAGCAGCACGUGAGCCCAGGUCUCGCCGCUACCACCUCACCGAACUACUUUGACAACAACAACUGCUCUCGGGACCAGAGCAGCAGUGACUGUCCUUCAGCCUACAGUCAGGAGACUCCGCCCACAUCGGUGAGCGACUCUCUGCCAACUGCCACCGACUCCGACGUCCCUCCUGGCACCGAGGAGUGUCCCUCCAUCACUGCAGACUCCGACUCUGAUGAGGACUCCAGCAGCCUCUUCCCUCCCAGUUAUCCACCAGAUUAUCCUGGUCCGCACUCAACCCACAGAGUGGGGCAGCUGCACGACCCCCCACCUGCCCCGGUCAAAGAUCUGCCCCCAUUACCCCCUCAGCGUGGAGCCUGCAUGGCUGAUACAGAGACCAACAGAAGCCUAAAGACUUCAGCUGCAAGGACCAAGAAACCUGCAGGUACAAAGGCGACUGGAGCAGCCGCCACCCAGAACGGGAAGUCAAAGGCCGGCAGCUCCACCGGCUCUCUGAAGAUGGCGUCCAGCCUUGACACCAAGCCAUCAUUGCGAAGUUCACUUGGGGGAUCCAGAAUAGGAGCAGCAAAACCGCCAUCUUCAGGUUCCAGAGCUGCAGGUUCUGAGGGUGCUGCAGUCUAUGUGGACUUGGCCUACCUGCCGUCCGGCAGCGCCUCCUCCACCGUGGACUCGGACUUGUUCCGACGCCUUCGCUCGUCGUACUAUGUUGUGAGCGGUGACGAUCCGGUGAAGGAGGAGUCGAUGAGGAGCAUCCUGGACGCUCUGCUGGACGGGAAGAGCAGCUGGCCAGAUGUCCAGGUGACUCUUAUCCCCACAUUUGAUUCGCUGACGAUGCACGAGUGGUAUCAGGAGACCCAUGACCGGCAGCGGGAGCUGUUGGUCACCGUGUUGGGCAGCAACAGCACCGUCGCCAUGCAGGACGAGACCUUCCCCGCCUGCAAGGUGGAGUUCUAAAGGCGAAACCCCGCCCACUCCUCUGACCUCAGAGCAGCUGGAGUGGCGGCGACACAUUACACCCAGACCAGCCCAAAGGAAUAGCCCCGCCCCUUUCGGCUGACGCUUUAGUGAGCAUGCUCACAUAGAAACGGUUCACUCUAAACUUUUCUCACCUGUGUGACGUCAGUGUUUGCUGCCCACCUGUUCUCACCUGCUGGAUCAGCACCUUCAGCUCACUGCAGAGCCAACGUUAGCAUCAAUAUUUCAUCAGUAUCAACUUUUGUUUUAUUCCAUGAGGGAACCGUAGCGGACCAAAGCACAACGUUGUCAAUGUCCGAACAUUUCUAAUCAGCUCAGAUAUAAACUGAUCAACAGUAUUGAUCUGCAUGGUUCUAAUGAAAAUAUUUAGCGAGCAGGAGAUGUGGGCAAAGCUGUGUCGUGUUAGCAUUAGUUAGCUGUAGUUAGCCUGACAGCUAAUGUUAGCUCGGUUGGUUUUAGAUUUGAUGUGAGACAUUUGCCCACUGAAUAUUCCACAUUGAGAGAUUAAUGAGGAGUCGAAAUAUGAUUUUACAUGAUCUUGGAACUAACUCAGAUUAUCCUUUCAAGACAGAUUUUUUUUAUUUAUAAUUAGUCUUUAUGUAAAAUCACCUGUUUUUAUCAGCUGUCUUUAUUGUUCCUGUGGUCUUUAUGUCGACGUCACACAAUCUGAUUUAUGACAAAUCUGGAGAGUCUGAGGACGGAAAUGAUUGUGUUGUUGUGGACAAAAUCUGGUGUCAAUCAGCUGAGACUGUCAGAGCAGCGACAUGAAUCACAGUUCAGCUGCUUCAAUGUUCUCAGGACGUUCCGGUGGAACUCUGAGUUCAGUCUGGAGGACGAACUCAUGGAAACCACCAGGUGGAUGUUGAAGAUAAUCAAAUAGUUGAAAGUGACUCAAAAUUUGACCAAAAGAAGAAAACAGCAGCACUUCCUGACCUCACCUGGUCUCUGAACUUUUCAGUCUGAAUCUGGUAACAGUUUCAGUUUUAUGUCGUAUUUUUUCUCAGAACUUAAUGUGACAGUGAAGCAAUUUAUUUGAUCAGACUGAGCUCAGUCAUAAUAAUCGGUUUACAUGAAUGAAUCCACUUGUUUUUGUGUAGAAGAUGUUUUCUCUUUGAAUGAUAACAUGUUCAUGUCACAGGUGUUGCAGUAUAAGAUGAAGGUUGGAACAGAUGAUUCUGGCCUCAGAACUGUGUGAUUUUGGAUAAAACCUCAGUUUCAGUAAAGGUUUGGUUAUUAGGAACUUUAUUGGCUGAAGAGCGACAGUUCUAACUGUCUGUGUCUGCUCAUUUGAAAUGUCUCCUUCAAUGAGUUUUGAUUCACUCUGAGCUGAAGAUGAUCCUGAUUCGUCCUCUGAGACAUUUCUGUGUUUUUAGCUUCAUUUAAUAAUCGGCUGCUCUGACUUUAAGCAUGAUGAUGAGCCUCAGAGUUCCUAAUUGAAGGGAAACAUCUCCAGAUGUUCUGAAGGUCCUGGUCCAGCAUAGUUUCACAAAUUAUCUGGGACCACUUUUUCUCUCCUGUGAUCCACUUUGAUCGUGUGAAGUUUAAACACGCCGCUGAACUCACCUGUUCAGGUACACCUUCCUCACUCUGCUCUGCAUCACCCACAAUCCUCGACAGCUGGUCAUCUUCAAAUUUCAGCUGCCGUUAUCUGCCAAUCAGCUGCUUCCUGCAGCAGUGCACUCUGGGAGUCGCAGUUCUGUCAACGCUGCAAUGAAAAAUUGAUCAAUCUGUUUAUUCCAUUAUUUUUUGUCUUUUAAUUUUUUUUUUUUUGUAUUUAAAACAACAACUGAAAGAUGAAACUCGACUAAAACAGACACAUUUCAAUCUUUAACUUAUUUAUUUAAUUUAACUUUUUCACAAAUUGUCCUUUUAAAUUUGAUCGUGAGCCUGAUGUUUGGUACGAGAAAACAGAUCUCAUUAUCCAUCCUUGAAACCUUUGUUCUUCAGCCACUGGUGUAUUCUCACUUGUUGGACGCUGAGACUGUUAAAGGACCAGACUGUUGUUUCUAUUGCCAACCUUUUCCGUCUGAUCUCGUUUAACAGAUCAGCAGCGAAGCCUGAAAACUCAGAGACAGACUGUGAAGUUUAAAAUAACUCAAAUAUUAUAUGAUAUGAUAUUUGAAGACAAAGAUGAAGAAGUAAAAUUCAAACACAUUUUCUUUGCAUCUAAUUCUUCCUUAGAAUAUUUAGAUUUUCACAUUUUAACUUGUAGGGAGUUUUAAGUUUUUCUCUGAACGUUUUCGACGUCCUAAAGCUGCGUCAGGCUGCAGAGACGAUCUACAAUCAGAUUAAAAAGCCAUAGUUCCGUCAGAGAUGGGAGAUAUUUUGAUGUUUUCAGCCCCACAGAAACACAGUUUGUGUAAUAAACACUAACUCUGGUGAUUUGCUUUGAAAAUAAAAGUUGCCCUUUAACGAA